UAUUAGUCUGUUAUAAUAUGGUUAGCGUUGUUCAAUGAAUGAAGUUAGUUCGUUUAUUUUACUUUAAUAUCAUGGAUACUGCAGUACUAGUGGAUGUUUAUCUUAAUAUAUAAGUAGGUACCGCAGUAGAUGGCAGUGGGGCCGUGGGCCCAGUGGGCCACAUGCUAAGCGAAUACCAUCUCAAAAUGAAUAAUAUUAUAAAUUUUACGAAAUGACAAUCAUCACCUGACAUAUUGCACGAUAUUCAGAUAUUGACCAAAGACAGCGUGACUGUGACCGUGCCGUGGUCUAUUAUCGGGUGUGCAACAAUACGAGACCUAACCUAACCAAUGUGGCUGACGCUCACCAAUCGACCAAUCUAUUAGCUCAAACCACAUUGAGAAACGUCUUGGGCACCAGGCCGUUGCACGAAAUUCUCAGCGACCGAGACGCCAUAUCCAUGCAAGUAUCGUUGGACGAGGCCACCGAGUCGCGGGGCAUCAAAGUGGAACGGGUGGAUAUUAAGGAUAUGAGAUUGCCAAUUCAGUUGCAGAGGGCAAUGGCGGCGGAAGCUGAGGCGUCCCGAGAAGCCCGUGCAAAGAUCAUCGCGGCUGAAGGUGAACAAAAAGCAUCGCGAGCACUCCGCGAAGCUUCAGAUAUUAUAAGCGAUUCUCCAGCUGCUCUACAACUCAGAUAUUUACAGACAUUAAACACUAUAUCAGCUGAGAAGAAUUCUACAAUCGUAUUCCCGUUGCCAAUCGAUAUUAUUUCAUUUUUUACGAGACCGAGAGAACCACGAGAAUCACGAGAACGUCGUGAACUAACGAAACAAGAUCUGCAAAAUCCAAUCAGUUAAAUGUAUACUUAAUACUUAUCACAUCCGUUAAAAAUUAAAUUAAUUUAUGCAAAUCAACGACGUUCUUCAUAAGUAUUAUGUUUAUCAAACAUUUAUAUGUGUACGUCUUACCUAUUUAAAAAUGGGUGAGUGCAACAAGCUGUACAAUAAAAAAAAAAUUACAAGAAUAAGCUAAGGGCCACCCUAAGAUACAUAUUAUAUAUUAUGUAUUAGAUAAUAUUAUAUCGAUACAAUAUUGUCAUUAUAACUUAUUAUAAGUUAUAUAAACAAGAAUUCGUAAUAUAUUUGUAUACUUAUACGUAUUAAUGGACAGAAAUAAGCCGGCAUUGAUUUAUAUAUUAUGGAAAGUAUUGAAACACAAAACAAAUUUACCGCUAUUAUAAUAGUUAUUAUAUGAAUAGUUAAAAUGUUUGAGAAUUAAGUUAUAACAUAUUAUAUUUAUAUUUAUGUUCUAUAAUAUUUAAGUUGUUACCCAAUAUCUGAACUAAAGUUGUAUUUAAUUAUCAUUAAUCAUUACUAUGACUAUUUAAAAUUAAAAUAAUCGAAGAGGUGGGUAAGUGUUGUCUAUAGGCUAUAUUAUAGUUAUUGCUUUAUCAAUUCAAAUGUUUGUAAGCUAAAUACUAACAAUUCACCAAUAACCAUACUGUAUGGAAUAAUAUAAUAUUAUAGUAUCUAUAUUUAAAUAUUUUAUAACAUUGUUAUCCUUACUGUCGCCAAAACAUUAUUACAUUAAAUUAAAAUCUGACAAACAGUAUAUUAUAAUAUGUUAUUGCAAUAAUGUUAUUAAUAUAAUCAUGAUUAUAUUAUACCCACCUGCGAGCUGCUGAUCCAUCUAUCCGUUAACGACUAUCGAUAUAAAAUCCUGCAAACGAAUCUUUCUAUAAUUUAUUAGGCAUAUAUAUUAACUCAAUUUUUAUUAAUAUUCAAUAUUGAUUAAUGUGAGACUAUAAUAUGACUAUAUAAGGAGUAAGCUUGUGUGAUUUAUACUGAUAUUAUGAAUUUCAAAUGAUUUAGUCUCACCUUAUAGUUGAUUUUUUUUUUAAUUUUGAGUGAAAAUGUUUACUAUUUACACAAAGUUUAAUAUCGAAUAGUGAUAUUGUAAAUUAAAAUUUUCUAAUUUUCAUUCUUCUAGUAACAGCGGUCAACAAUAUAUCAUUAUGAAACAUUUUAAUACAUUAAUAUAUGUUUGAUUUGGUUGUAGGCUUGAAUAACGUAGGUAGUAGGUAUAUUUAACCUAUAAUCUAUAUACCUACCAAAUACAUAUGCAUGUUUAAUUAAUAUACUAGAGCAAUCUGAUAUAUAAAGAAAUAUAUAACAUUGAAAUUAACUAUGUACACUUAGCGUAUAGCUUCCACACAUUCCUUGCCUAGAAAGGUAUUAUUUGUGAUGAUAAUAGAUCACAUUUUUCACGGGCCACGACCUUUAAAUUCACCUAUAGAAAUCAAUUUUAAUCUAUAUGUUAUAAUUUUAAAUUGUAAUGUUGGUUUAUAAGAUGUUGUAUGAAUAUGAAUGUUGUAAUAUGAAUGUUGUAGUAUAAGAUAUUUGUAACGUCGACUGUAUUUUUAACUUGUAAAGCUUGAUGAAAAAGAAGCUUAAGCGUUUGUCAGUUUAAUGAAAAUCUAUAUACAACAUAAUAUGUAAAUAUAAAUACAAAAAUCAAUAUGUAUCGUAGCAGGAACGUGUACAACACUUAUACCGCAAAAAGGAAACAUUAAAAAAAAUAGUGACUAAACAUACUUAUAAGUAAUUAUUUUAAAACAAUUUAAUAGGAAAUUUAAUUUUAAUAAUUUUGUACAUACAUAAUUUUAAUGUAUUUUGACUGACUGAUCGUUUGACUGACAUAAAUAAAAAACAAUAAAAAAAACGGGUUAACUAGAUAUUUUGAGCUUUUACUUAUUUUUUGCGUAAAAUUGAAACUGUGCUGGUAUUAAAUUAUAUAAUAAUGUCAAAAGUGACAUUUUUAAAAUCGUCAUAAAACUUACUACCUUAAAUAAUUAAUAUUCUUUGGUUGAAAAAAAAUGUAUAGCCAAAUGUUAACUAAUUUUCGUACAAAAUUCCAAAACUACUAAGUUGCCGGGGGCGUGUCUUAAAUUGAACGAUUGAUUUCAAAUUUUGAAGUUAAUAUUAAAUUGGGUAUUUACAAAAAAUAGGUGGGUGCCACAAAAAAAAAAUAUUAAUAUUUAUUUUUAAGGGCCACCCUACUGAUACAUAUUACGUGACAAUUCUACCUCAUAUUACAGCCCAACACCAAAUCUAAGUAUUUACUACUUACUAGUAACUAUUAGUUUUAAAAUAAUUUGUUCUAUCUGAAUUAUUAUAAUCAUUACAGACUGUUAUUUCUUGAUAUGGAUAUUGU